UCCGCCUUCAAGACAUCGCCCAUACGAAGAGAUUUCCAAAAAAUCGCAGCGCCAACACGAAACUACCGACCUCGUUUCUCGGCAUCACCAUAAACAUGAGCGCCUAUUCGGGCUACUCAGGAUUCUCGGGGCGUGGCUCCUGCAACCCUUGCUUCCCAUGGCUCCAUGGUCAGUAUGGUGGAUACAGUCUUAACUCUAGGGGAUGUCCUAUCGCCAGCGCAACACCUGGAUAGGCGGAUUAACACCCACCAGGCCACUACUACUGCUACAUGCCACAGAUGCCGCCGUCGUCAGCUGGUUCACAGCAGGGCGUCAUAGGCCAGAAUCCUCAACAAGGCCAACAGACCCCAAUGGGCCCACAGGGCCAACAGAUGCCAAUGAGCCAACAGGGUCAACAAGCCCCGACGGGCCAUCAUUGCCAGCAUUGCCUGCACGGCCCAGAGUGUCAGCAGGGACAACAGGGACAACAGGGACAACAGGGACAGCAAGAUCAGCCGAACCAGCAAGAGCAACAGGUUACGGGGAGCCAGCCUGUCGGUAACAUGCAGGGAUAUUAUCAAGUGUUUGGGGGAGGACAGGCGCGUAUAAUUCGCACCGCUUGCGGAGGUUACACAAUCCUCAGUGGCGCUAUGCUAGACGCACCUGGUGAUUUCAGCCAGUGCCUAUGUGGCCAGAACCACACAGGCCAGUAGCAGAGCAGCGGUGGGGAGCGUGCGGAUGUGACACGUAAGUCAAGAGGAGAGUGCUGUCAAACGUGAGGCACAGGGGAAAGGAUUGAGAAAGUCGUGGUAGAAUAAAAAGGUCUUUCUCAGCAUGGCAUGGGCAAACGGGAGGGUUUCUGAG